AUGGGUAGCGCUCCAAGUAAUAAUAGAGAAACUAAUCGGAACUCAAUCAGACCUAUGGCAACAAUCGAUCCAUUACAGCAACAUAACCCAACUAACACUCCAUGGGUGAAAGAUCCUGCAAUAUUUCAAGAUUCAAAACGACCAAAAACAGCUCACAAAGAGAAAGAAGAUAUAAAAUGGCCACUACCACCGAAAGCGAAUGAAGACAGCUUUCAGUUUCAGUGGCCAAAAGAUUCAGAACGAUAUUCAGUAGAAAAUGCCUAUAAUGCAGAGGUACCAUCAAAAGCUAAACCAAUCAUAGAAGAAUUAGUCAGACAAGAAUAUCGUCAGGAAAAAAAGGAUUCUAAUAAAUGGGAAAAGAAGAAUUCAAGUCUGCAUGAUUCAGCUAAUGUUCAAUCGACAAUGAAUACUACAUCGUCCACAUGUGUUAACUUGUCAAGCUCCUACCAAAUCGGCGCAUUAAUGUCAAAUAUGACUGAUAUACAAGCAAGUCUUGAUGUCAAUGUAAGAUAUCGUCUAGAAAAAGUAUCUAAAGAGACAGAAACGGUGAUCCAACGAAUAAUAGAUGAUGCCACUACUCAACAAGACGAACUUUUGAAAUAUGGUGAACAACGACAAAUGAUCUAUGACGAAUUACAUCGUGAGUGGUUAUACAAAUACAUUGUUGCACUCGAUGAAUGGCAGUCAAAGCAACUAGGCGAAUGGCAAGACGAGUUGAGUGAAUAUCAGAAAAGAAUACUUAAUAAAUCUCAAGAAAAGAUAAUCGCUGUUAACAAACAAGCAGCCGAAAUCAAAUUACGAAUCCUUAAAGAAGAACAAAACAACGCAUCUUCUGAUGCCAAUGCGCUUCUUGCAGCCAUUGAGUCUCUAUCAGAUAAACAAGCUUUGCAAAAUUUGGGCAGUGAAAAAACUACCGAAAUAAAACUAUUGAUAAGAGCGAAUGUUGGUGCUAAAUUACCAUAA